GCUCUUUGCUAUUCUUAGUAGGGGAGUUCCCUUCUCCUCUGACUUCCCUGUCAAAAUUUCUUUCUUUGAAACAGGUUCUUCUAUUAGAUAUUUUAUAUUCAAAAGAACAAAGAAAAUGCUGCUGAGAAGCUCAUCAUCACCAAUCUCAAACUCGUGGUUACCUCACUCAAAAGCCUGUUCAUUACCGGAGCCAGAUUUUCCAGUUCUCAAAAGAACCAGAUCAGUCUCCUUUUUCUGCACAUCUUACAUAGAUGAUCAUAAGCAGAAGUUAACACAAACCUUAGCUGAUAUCAGUAUCCAAAAUGAGACACCAAAACCAAGGAAAAAGGACAAAGACAUAAUACCAGCACCCCACUCUCUUGGCAAACAAGCAAAGCAAGAAAGUGAUCAAGAAAAAGAGUCAGAGCCCAACUUUUCUACAGUCCAAAGACUGUUUUCAAAUUCUGGGUUGGGAGAAGAUAGUAAAGAUAGUAAUGUGAUGCAGACACAGGUGACGGAAGGUGGAGCAGGAAAUGAUGGUGGUAAAAUCUGUGGUGGUGCUGGUGGAGGAGGAGGAUCAGACGGUGGGGAUGAUGGUGGUGGCUCAGGAUUCUUUGAGAGCAAUAAUCAUGGGAACGAUGGCACUGAUGUUUACUAUCAGAAGAUGAUUGAAGCAAAUCCUGGCAACCCGCUUUUGCUUGGGAAUUAUGCCAAAUUUCUGAAAGAGAUUAGAGGAGAUUUUGCCAGAGCAGAGGAAUACUGCGGAAGAGCAAUUUUGGCAAACCGAAAUGAUGGAAAUCUUUUGUCUCUCUAUGCUGAUUUAAUUUGGCAAAGCCGAAAAGAUGCUCAUAGAGCCGAAAGUUACUUUGAUCAAGCUGUUAAGACUGCCCCAAAUGACUGUUUUGUCCUGGCUUCAUAUGCAAAAUUUCUUUGGGAUGCUGAAGAAGUAGAUGAGGAAGAAGAAGAGCAUGAUGAGAGCGGACAAGAAACUGAGCACAGCCAUAUACCUCCUCCAGAUUUCUUCCUUCGACCUCCUCAACACCCUUCCAUAACUGCAGCUUCCUAACUUAUGUAUAAAAGCUUUGACUUAGUAGGUUAGCUAAGAGAAUGCAGCAGAUGAAAUAUCUUCUCUUCUUUUCCUGACUGUAUCUUGCAAGAAUAAUUGUGCCUAAAAAUAAAAUAAAAGUAAUCUUUUUUAUUAGUGAAAAAGAGGAUGUUGUCUGGAAAUAUGAGGCUAUGGCCUUGUUCAGUGUUCCCCACAGGGCACAAAAAAUUAUCAAUUUAUUUUACAAAGGAUGCCGCUUGACGAGAAUAUGGAAAGGGUUAUAGUUGGCGAGAUUUAAACUCAGAUCAUGUCACCUCUUAAGAUUGAUUUCAUGUGGUAAAAAAAAGAAGUUGGCUGCACAUAUCAGCUAAAUAUCUUUUUUAUGUCUUUUGAUUUAAAUUCCUAUACGUUGGACUUGAAUGUUGAAAAGGGUUAUGUUUAAUUGAGAAAAGAAAGAUAAUCAACCAAAGU